AUGCUUCUCAACAACAAACCCAUGAAAGAAUCUGAUGAGAUCAUCUUUUCCCAUCAGGUUCUGAUCAUCUUCUCUGAUGGACUCGACGAAGACGUGAUGAGACUGAAGCGGGAAUCUGAACGGCUAAAGACCUCUGGGGUCAGCGCUCUGCUUGUUGUGGCCUUGGAUAGUGCUCAAGCCUUCCAGCUCCUGAUGGUUGAGUUUGGACGAGCACACAACUACAAGGCUCCUCUAAAAAUCGGCUUGCAGAGCAUCAGCAGCGUCAUCCUGCAAGAGCUUAGCGCCAUAGCAGAUCGAAUCUGCUGCAAUGUUUUCUGUAAAUGCUAUGGAACCCCGGGGCCUCCUGGUCUUCCUGGGACACCAGGAGAUAAGGGCGCGCCUGGUGAGAAGGGUCACCCUGGCUAUCCUGGAGAGGAAGGGUCCCCUGGCAGACGAGGCCCUCCUGGACUACCUGGACCCCAGGGGAUCCAGGGAUGUCCUGGACACAGAGGACAGAAGGGGGAAACGGGCGAAGACGGGAUGAAAGGAGAAAAAGGAGACACUGGAGGCGCGGGCAUCCCAGGAACCAGAGGGGAGAAAGGGCUGAAAGGACAACGAGGCCUGAGAGGAGAUCCGGGAACCUCUGGAAGUGAAGGGGAUCCAGGGGAGAAAGGAGAGAAAGGAAUGGAGGGUCGAGAAGGAGGGCGAGGUCUACCCGGUGUGCAGGGUGGACCCGGUGAAAAAGGAGAACCAGGACUCCCAGGUGUUUCUGGAGUUUCAGGGACAAAGGGACCCAAAGGAAACACGGGGCCGCGAGGACCAAAGGGGUUAGAGGGUUUUCCUGGAAUUCAGGGAAAUGGAGGACAACCUGGCGUUCCAGGAACAGCUGGACGUAAUGGUGCUCAUGGAGAGAAGGGACAACCUGGAGACCCUGGUGAUAAGGGGAGUAAAGGACAUCCGGGAUCCGGAGGACCGCCGGGUCAGGAGGGACCAGAUGGUGUUGGAGAACAAGGACCUCCAGGGAGUAAGGGAAGUUCUGGUUUUCCUGGUUAUCCUGGUCCAAUGGGUGAGAAGGGUGAUAAAGGAAGCAACGGUUUCCCUGGGAGGACAGGGAACCCGGGUCGAUCUGGGAACUCGGGAAGACCGGGAGAAGAAGGAGAGGAUGGAGAUCCGUGA